AUGGUAAAACUAGACAAUUAUAAAAAUCAUAAAAGAUCAGAUUUAGUAUCAUUUGAUGAUAUAAGUUAUAAUAAUUUAACAGAAGUAACAGCAGCAAGAAAAUCAUAUUUAAAAGAAGAAUUUAUAAGAACAUAUGAAAGAAGAAUUGCUCAUGAAGCUUUACAAAGAUGUGCAGCAUAUCAUAAUGAAGAUAAAUUAAGGAUAUGUAAAGGUUUAGCAGAAAAAUAUAAAUUAAUGCUUGAAUUUUCAAAAGAUACUGGUUAUCAAUUUUAUCAAAAAAAUGAUGUAUCUAAAUAG